GUCACUUUGUCCUAAGUAAGUACUCUUACCCUUCACUUCUUUUCUUCAAAAAUCCUUCCUUUUUCAUCUUUUCACCAACCCCAUUAACCUAAUUUCCCUGAUUUCGAUUCCCGCUUUCAAUUGUCACCCUUCGUUAUUUUAGGGGAAAAUCCCUCUUUACGAUUUUUAUGUUGUUAUCCUAAUGCUUAAUUAUCAUUCCAGGCAUGGACAUUAAGAAGCUUAAAAGGCGCUGGCAUUUGCAUUGUUGAAUCCUUUGCUUAUGCUCCUAAGGAAGACCUUUGGCAAAUCAAAGGUAUCAGUAAAGCUGCAGUCGACAAGAUCACUGAAGCAGGUGCAGUUGAGACCGGUUCUAUCACUGAGGGUAACGGUGAAUUUCGAUCUGUAAGUACUAUUUGACGAGGUGGUUCUGUGACCUUUGUUCUGUUGUUGCCCUAUCUAUCCAAGUCUGCAAGUGCAAGGAGAUUGCGCAGUACUUUUUCUCAUUUAAAUUUGAACAAAAAUUAAAAUGUCAACCAUAAACAAGGACCAGAUCAUGGAUGAAUCGAACUGUUCAGAAACCAAAGUACUGGAUGAGAUUAAAGAAGAGGAAGAAGAUGAAGACUUACAGAACCUUCUAGUCCCUGACGUGCAGAAUCUUCCCAUCACUCCUCCUUCCGCCGUUGAAUCCAACUUUGCCACUUUCUUCGCCAUAGAUUUUAUGAAACCAGCUCACGAUCAGUACGUUUACCGGCACGCCAAUGGCUUGUGUGUGAUUGGAUUAGCUCCUUCCCACGUUGCUAUCAAGGAUGAAGGUGGAAUCACAGCCGUUGAUUUCAAUGUUGGGAAGUCUGAUCGCAGUGAGAUGAAAGUCACUGGAAAGCGGAAGAAGAAUGCACAACACUUUGAGUCCAACACUGCUCUGUGUAAAAUUUCUACCAAAAAUGAUACUUAUAUUGUAAGAUGUUGCGUCAAAGGCUCCCUCUUGGAAGUGAAUCAACAAUUGAUCAAGCAACCAGAACUGCUUAAUGUUUCGGCUGAUAGAGAAGGAUAUAUUGCUAUUAUCAUGCCAAAACCAGCCGAUUGGCUCAAGGUCAAGGCUUCCCUCGUUAGCCUUCAGGAGUACAAGAAAUUGAAGGAAGUUAGUUGAAUAAGUAGCGUACCCCACUACGAAUGGUGUCAUUGAAAGAGCUAGCAUGAUUUCCCAGCAUGAUGCUUCAUUAGAGGAGUUCCAAAUGCGACAAAUUGGAUGAAAUUGAAACAUUGUUUAUGUGCAGAAGACGGUGAGAAACCUCUUGCAGAAGUGGCUGGAUGAUUACAUAAAUCUCUCAACUCCUCGAGAAACCAAGAAUCUCAUGAUAUUGGAGAGCUACUCUGCGACGAAUUUGGAUUCUCUGCUGGAUUUUUUUGCACUGUUUUGUGUUGUGUCUUCAAAAUUCAGUGAUGGAUACUAAUUUUGAUAUUUUAAAAUAUAUUAAAAAGAAUUUUAAUAUAUCAACAUCAAUGUAUAUAUACUACUCAAACAGAGAACAGUAUCAACACCAAAAAAUUAAUAGAGAAUCUGAACUUCUUGGCUACCUCU